AUGGCGCCCAACAUUAUCCGGCCCAGUCAAAUGUUGAUAUUCAACUCGGCCAUGUGCUACGUGGAACAGCGACAGCAUACGGCCGCCGGAGACGUCGGCGGCGGAUCGUCGAUGUCUCCGAGAUCGCCGCCGGCCAAGCGGACGUACGUGAAAAACAUCUCGCCCGAGGAGAAAAUUUUGCGCAAAAAAUUACGAAACAGAGAAGCAGCACAGUUAUCUAGAGAUAAAAAGAAAGCACAAUUCAAUGUUUUGUCAGGAAUGGUUCAUGGUUUAAGAAAAGAGAAUGUUCAUUUAAGAGAAGAAAUAGAAAUUUUACGAGCCAACCAAGAACAGUUGAUCACUGAAAAUGAAAGGUUACGAGAACAACUUUCCACCGAGUCAUCCAUACCAAAAUCAAUAGUUACAGAAUUCUGUACGACAGCAGUUAAUAACAAGAUUUCGAUUAAUGGACCUGCCGUGUCCAAUAGACACCCUCUGCAGAAGGGCAAACUGAAUCGAACAUCCUGUUUGAUGCUCUGUUAUCAGAUUCUAUUCCUAUUACUGACCAUUCCAUCCUACAUGAUCUCAAGCUUCCAGACGACGAUGACGAUAUGGACUGGCUUGACAACAAUGUAUCAAAACGUUUGGAGAAAAUUGCUGAUGAACUACUCGGCGAAAGUUUCCUUAAUGAAUGUUGUCUUGAUGAAAUGGUGGGGAUCACAUCAGAAAUCAUGGAACCCGGUCAAAAUAUUGGUGUACCCAAUGCAGACUUAA